AUGGCCUUUCAGAAGAUGCAGCCCUCAGAGUCACUGAGACAGCUGUCUCAGACAGAUCAUACCUGAACUGCAGUCUCAGUAUACGUUAACAAUGUACAAGCCUUUAGCUUUGUGUUUGUGCCUGUGUUUAGCACUUUUAACGGCCGAGGGGAAAAAAGAAAAGGGAAGAAAAGAGAGACAGAGGAGCUCCAGACAGUUCUUAUUCACUGAGGAUGUACCUGAUCAUGAAAACCCUUUCCAUCCAGGGCGUAGCAGCCAGUGCUUGGUGAACGGGAUUUCUCUGUUUGAGGGGGCUGUCUGGUCUCUGGAGCCUUGCAGUGUGUGCCAGUGUGAAGAUGGAGCCGUGAGCUGCCGAACCAUCCCCUGCCCUGCCAGAGGUUUGAGAACCACCAUCUCUCUCUCCCAGCAGAAUUCCUUGAUUAAUACUUCACCCACCCUGAAGGCUGUGGCCAGUAAGCUCAAUCCAGCAUCUGUUGGGAAAACAAGCUCGAAAAACAGACCGACAGGAAAUGGAAAACCACCUGUGGAGACGGAGGUUCUGGAGGUGAAACCAAAGAAGAACAAGAAGGUGAUCACCCCUGCAAAAGAACCACCCUCAAAUGUCCCUAAGAAGCAAGUGAAGAAAAACCAGAAGGUGAUUGUAAAUCUGGAUCCUGUAAAACCACCUAAGACUCCAGUAAUACCUAUAGAACCUCGGUUUAUCAGACCAAUCCAUUUUGAUCACGAUGACCACGAUGAUGACGACUAUCUAGAGGACGACAGUGACAGCGAUGAUGAUGACGAUGAUAGCCACAGCAUUCCGGUGUUCAGAUCUGCUGUUCGUCCUGUAGCAAUCGAAAGACGAUUAAUGCCACCCACAUUCAAACCGGCCAUACUACGAACACAACCAGCCUUUGCUCUUCCUACAAGAAAAUCUGUGAUCCUGCCCACUGGAAGGCCACUGCCAGCCCCCAGUGGGCGACCGGUGGAUCGAGGUAUUGGCCAUCCAAUCGUUCGCACCUCUAUUCAUAUGGAGUCUCUUCCAGCAGGCUGCCUGCUUGCAGAGUCUCUUAUCGCUUGUGGAAACACUCGCCUUACCCAAAUGCCCAUCAUCAAAGAUGCAGGGGUCAGGAGUCUCUUUCUAGCAGAUAACAAAAUCAGCAAGAUCCCAUCGCAUGCUCUAGCAGGUCUUCCCAAUCUGGAGUGGCUCGACCUCAGCAAGAACAAGUUGGAUGAUUUCUCCUUGGGACCGGAUGUGUUUCGGAACUUGACGAAGCUCAGAAGGUUGAACCUUGAUGGAAACAACUUCACCAAAGUGCCGGCUCUCCCUCCCUCGCUGGUGGAGCUGAAGAUCAACGAUAAUAAACUCAGUGGUCUCACUCCCCACAGCUUUAAGGGUCUGUCCCAGCUGCUGACACUGGAGUUGGAGGAUAAUUAUUUCCAUGAUGGAAAUGUCUCUCCUCUGGCUUUCAAGCCUCUCAGGAAGCUGAUUUACCUCAGGCUGGAUGAUAACAAGUUUAGGGCUAUUCCCUCUGGUCUGCCUGCUUCAGUACAGGAGCUGCACUUGUCUGACAACAAGAUUGAGGUGGUCCAUUCAGGGCUCCUCAACAAGACCACAAACCUGAGAGUCCUGAACCUCAGCCAUAACCGAAUCCGAGAGGACCGCAUUCAUCCAAGAGCAUGGAUUCACAUACUAAACCUGGAGCAUUUGGACCUUUCCCACAAUAAGCUGGUUCACGUUCCCUCAUUCCUGCCGGUUGGUCUGCGGCAGCUCAUCUUGCAUCAUAACCAAGUUGAGCGCAUUCCUGGCUAUGUGUUCGGCCACCUGCGACCCGGUCUGGACUCCCUGCAGCUGUCGUACAACCGUCUGCGUGAAGACGGGAUAAAUGAAGUGUCCUUCCUGGGCCUGUACAAAUCACUGACUGAACUUCUGUUGGACCAUAACCAGCUUAGAUCAGUCCCACGAGGCAUUCUACAGUUGAAGAACCUGCAGCACCUGAGACUGAACCACAAUUACAUCAGCUACAUCACUAUGAACUCAUUGUGUGACACUACGGCCCGUGAGGACUCCCAGCUGUUGUCUGUUCACCUGGAGUACAACCUGAUUGACCGCCGCCUCAUUCCGCCAACAGCCUUCUCCUGCAUCAAAACCUAUCAGAGUGUCCUUCUGCGACCCCAGAGAUAUGAAGAGCACCAUGAAUGAAGGCAUUUUCUGGGGCUGUAGUUUACAAUUCAAGGCAUAAUUUAGAGAUUUAAGUCAAAUGAAGAUAAAGAUGCAGCUCCCUUUUCACACCAGAGGCCUUUCAAGUUGUUUUAGUUGUGUUUUGACCAUCACUUCUCAUUGGGGCCUGCUUUACUGCAACUACAAACUCAAACUACUGUAGACAUUUCCUGUUUGACAUUAACAUUGGCUGUUUAUGCUUUAACAGAUUUGUAGAGGUUUUGCACAGAUGGUGCAAAAUGUCCAUCUUUACUGUUGCAGUUCACAUUAUAUUUUUGUGUAUGUCUGUUGUUGUUCGUUAUUAUAUGUAAAGUCUGUCUUGGUUUGUUUAAUACCUAUAUGUCCGCAAUUUACAUUCUCUUAUAAAGCAGACUUGUAUGUGCGAGGUACUUGUAUGUGCAAGGUAUAUGCAAAUUGUUUUUAAUACAUCAGCUUUGUACAUUAUUUAUUUUUGAUUAAGCUGCAGCACAUCACAUUUGUUUAUUUUAAUACCAUUUUAACAAUUUUCAGUAGCAAAGGUUUUGACUUUUAUAUUCAGUUUUAUGAUACUGUGUGUUGUCUGUGCUUUUGUAUUCUCUCUGUCACAAACUACAAUAAAGUUGAGCGGUGACAAUU